AUGUCUGCAACAACGCUCUCAUCUAUACAUAUUCCUCCAUUGGCAAAUCAUCAGUCUACUCUGUAUCUGCUGUUUUCUCCAAAAUGUCGUCCUUAUGCUGAACUUGCUGCUUACCAUUUAGCUGCAAAAUCAACUGCUGCUGUUCCGCUUAUUCGGGUUGGUUUGGAUCGUAAUUUGCUUGCUCAAACUUCAACUCUCAUUAUUCCAAAGGGUCCGUUUGCUUCUAAUAAAACUACCAUCACUGGAAAAUGCUCUAUUCUGCGUUACUUUGCUAGAGCUUUUCCAAACACUUCUACUGCAGAUCCUCUCUCUUCUCUAUCUAUUUAUCCUGAACAGGUAUUUGCUACAAAACAUCUGAUUGAUUCGUGGAUAGAUCGCAUCCGUAAUGCUACUGCUUCCGCUACUCCUGAUGUUCUUCUUUUGAAAGAACUCGAUCUCGCUGCUCCAACUACUGCUCUUGUUGGUGAUUCUACCACUAUUGCUGAUUUGUUGGCUUGGGAUUCUUUGAUCUCUACAAACGCUUCUUCUCCAAAACUUGCUGGCUGGCUUAAAGCCAUUCAUUCUGAUAAAGAACUCUCAGAUGCUGCCUAUACUAUCGAUCAAGCAAUCGAGUCGGCUCCCAUCUUGGAUACCUUUAGAUACUCGAUCGUCGAGCAGAUUCAUUCCCUGACCGGUGUUGCUGAGGAUUUGCUGUAUUCUCUAUUGGAAGAACCUCGUGAUAAAGCCAAUGGUGACAUGUCUUUACCACUUCCUCGCACUCGACUUCCCGGCAUCCCUACACAACUGGCUGCUUCUUUGGCUAAACAAUUCCAACCCAACAAUCUGAUUUUAAAAGCCGUUGCAACUGGCCCUUUUCUCAACUUUACCUUCAACAAGGCUAUUCUUUCUAAAAAAGUCAUCUCUUCUGCCGUUACCCUCGGUACUUCAUAUGGAUCCAACUCGGAUGGCUUUGGAAAAUUCGCUGUUGUCGAAUUCAGCUCUCCAAAUAUUGCCAAACCCUUCCAUGCUGGUCAUCUUCGUAGUACUAUUAUUGGCAGCUUUCUUAAAAAUGUGCUGGAUGUGUCUGGCUGGAGUACCGUGUCUAUCAACUAUCUUGGUGAUUGGGGAAAACAAUUUGGCUUAUUGGCUGUUGGGUUUGAUCGCUAUGGAUCGGAUGAAGCCUUGAGCACAGACCCUAUUCGCCACUUGUACGACGUAUACGUCCGUAUCAAUACCGAAGCCAUUGAAGACGCUUCUAUCCAUGACCAAGCUCGUGCUUACUUUAAAAAAAUGGAGGAUGGUGACGAGCAUGCUUAUAAUCUUUGGAAGCGGUUUCGCGAUCUUAGUAUCGUCAAGUAUAAGGAAGUUUAUGGCCGUCUCAAUGUCCAUUUUGAUAUCUACUCGGGUGAGUCCCAGUACUCUCUCAGCCAAAUGCGUAGCGUCAUGAAUGAGCUGCAAAAUGUGGGCUUGCUGGUUCCCGAUCAAGGCGCGCUUAUUGUGGACUUGAAAGAAUACAAACUUGGAGUUGCUGUGAUUGGAAAGACAGAUGGGUCAUUGCUGUACCUUUCCCGUGAUAUUGCUGCCGCUUGUGAUCGAAAAGACACCUUUGAUUUUGACCAUAUGUUUUAUGUUGUUGGUACCCAGCAAGAUCAUCACUUUAAGCAACUGUUUAAAAUUCUUGAGCUACAAGGAAAAACAUGGGUCGAUAGAUGCUCUCAUAUUGGCUUUGGCUUGAUCAAAUCUAAAGACGGCAACAUGAGUACUCGAAGAGGGACAGUGGUUUUCCUCGAAGACAUUCUCAACACAGUACGUGAUGAAAUGCACGCCAAUAUGAAAAAGAAUGAACACAAGUAUGCCCAAGUCGUUGAUCCUGAGCGUGUAGCCGAUAUUGUCGGUCAAUCUGCUACCAUGAUUCAAGAUAUGGGUGCCCGUCGUGCCAAAGAUUACACCUUUGACUGGUCAAGAAUCUUUUCUUUUGAAGGUGAUACUGGCCCAUAUCUCCAGUACGCACACUCUCGUCUCUGCUCCAUUGAGCGUCAGUCUGAACACUUGCAAGUUUCAGCCGACACUCUUUUGGACAUAGAUCUCACUUUGCUUGUCGAGCCUCAGGCUUUGGCUCUUAUAGAAGCCAUUGCACUUUAUCCAGACGUCAUUCGUGAUUUGAGUAAAAACUAUGAGCCAUGCAACCUUGUUUCGUACUCGCUGCGUCUCAGUCAUGCUAUAUCGUCAGCGAUCGAUGUGCUGUGGGUUAGUGGCCAGGAAAAACCUCUUGCUCACGCACGGUUGGCGUUGUAUGUUGCUGCAAGAUUUGCUUUAAGCAACGCUCUACGUACUUUGGGUCUAACUCCAUUGACUCGGAUGUAAGCUUUGUUAUAAACUAUAUACUCAAAAUUAACCG